UGACGAUGCCUACUGAAAAUGCUUGAAAACUUCCCUCGAGUGUUGACAAGCAAAAACGAGACUGAUCUAUCAGCUAAAAUGCAAGAGUUGAGUCACAUCUAAAACAUUAUACUGCUGUGGAGAAGAAUGCAUUUGACCAGGCCAAAGUCCUCGAAAGGGCGUAGUCGACCCAACCUGAGCUACACCCCAAACAUGGAUGUGGCUGACAGCUACCAAGACACACCACUGAUCCCAAAGCCUCCUUCAAUGGGCAACGACAGGUCAGAUCGCUGCCUCCGCUCCCGCUGUCAAUCCCUCUUCAGGCAGAGCAGCCAGCUGAGCGUGGAAGAAGUCCCAGACUACCUAGAUACUGUUUCUGAGGUACCCUAUCUUCCCUUCCCUUGGAACAAAUACAAGCCCCUCCCCUCCAUUGAGAAGAAGCUGUCAGAGGAGGGUGUCUCUUUUAGGGGCAUGGAGGAGAAGACAUCCAAGCUCAGUCUGUCCGACAGCCUCAUCGUCCAUACUCGGCGAGGGCACGGGGAGCAUCAGCUGUCCUCAGUGAGGACCCGAGCCGUAUCCCAGAGCAACCUGGAGAUAGGCAACGUGUCAGAGGUGCUUUGCAAGGUCUGCCCCACUCCCUACCCUCCGGACCUCAGCGUGAUGGCCACGCCCCAGAGACAGAAAGCCCUCCAGUAUUCUCUUGCCAUCCGGGCCCCAUGUGGGAGGAGGUUUGAGCACCACUUCCUACCCACAGACACCCUACUGAAGGUGCUAGCCAGUGCAGAGGCCAGAUAUUGGGCCAGAUAUGAGCAUGGUUACAUUGUGAUCGUGGAUGGCUACGUCAAGAGUGGUGUGGAUAGACCCCUCCGAAGGACAUUCACAGACCUGAACAUGACUUUGGCCCAAUGUGGCAUCUUAAAUAGAUCAGUACUGUGGGUCUUUCAGGAGGAUAUGGACUCUGCCUGAACUCAAGAUGGAUGACACAGUAUAACAACCAACAUUAAAGUUAUCUGACAAAUAGGCCUAUAUAUUAUACACUGCUCAAAAAAAUAAAGGGAACACUA